CAGAACGACUGCUUUUGACCACACUGCGCAUGUGCGGUGUGUUUGUACCGAGUUAAAUGGCCUUUAAAAUAACUUCCAGACUCUCUGGACUGACUCACCGGGUCGUUUCCUGCCGUACCGCCUCCUCCAGCUGCAGCGGACGGUUUAAGGUCCAACAUGACCGACAGAACCGACGCUUCACGGUCACUACGGGCAGCAGCGGCGAAGGGGGCAGUGGAUGCGCCGUGCUGCACUACAGGUUCACCGGGCAGAAGGAGGUGGACCUGAUGUCCACAUUCGUUCCUGAAACGUUUCGAGGCCGAGGCGUUGCUGCUGCUCUGGCACAGGUAAGCUGCAGCCUGGCUCCUGUCAGGGAGGUUUCAGCGCCGCCACUCUGGCUUCCUGUGUUGCAGGCAGCCAUGGACUUCCUGGCCGAGGAGAAGCUGAAGGCUCGAGUCUCAUGCUGGUACAUAAAGAAAUACAUUGACGAGCAGCCGGAGCAGCAGUUUAAAGACUUCAUCAUCUCCUGAUCCACAGGACCGGCAAUGUGUUGAAGCUCAUCUAGAAAAUAUCUGCGAUUCUUUUCUCAUUUAUUCAAAUAUCUGUACGAUUCAUUCUUGUGUUCAAGAUUUAAAUUAAAAACAUAAAACCAAAGCGCAGGCAGAAAGGAUUUUCUGAAAAGCAACAGGAAGUGCAGCUGCUGGCCGAAAACAAAAUAAGAUCUUAUAUAACAAACCAGCACAAUGUAGAGCAAAAUUAAAAACCGUUUUCAACAUUUACUGGAAUAAUGACAUAAAAACAGAGGUGGCUCCUUUAUUCUGAUGCCCCUAAAUAAAUAAAAAGGAGCCAAAUCCUCUGAAACAUG